AUGCAAUCCGCUCCGCCUCCCGCAUACCCUCGAGGAUCGACCCAUGCCGAGGUUGAUGUCCCGACUCUCGGUCGGGUCGAACUGCCUGUUGGCCUCUUCAUAGACAACACCUGGAGACCUGCAUCCACCGGCUCUACCUUCUCAACCGUCAACCCCGCAACGGGCGAAUCUCUCCUCAGUAUCGCGCAUGCCUCAUCGGAAGAUGUCGAUGCUGCGGUCAAGAGUGCUCGUCUGGCAUUUAAGACGACAUGGGGGAACAAUGUACAUGCCGCGGAACGAGGGGCAGCGUUGAACAGGCUGGCGGAUCUGAUGGAGAGGGACAAGGACAGGCUCGCCGCUGUGGAGAGCUUGAACUCGGGCAAGGGGAUCCGGAUGGCUCGAGACUCUGAUGUGGCCGACUCUAUCGGUUGCUUGCGAUACUACGCCGGUUUAGCGGACAAGUUUCAUGGUCAGACUAUACCGCACUAUGGGACCGAGAAGUUUGUCUAUACGGUGCACCAACCCAUUGGGGUCUGCGGACAGAUUAUCCCUUGGAAUUAUCCCCUCCUGAUGUGGGCGUGGAAAGUCGCGCCCGCUCUCGCUGCCGGCUGCUGUGUCAUUAUGAAGCCAUCCGAGCUCACCCCUCUCACCGCCCUCAUGCUCUGCGACCUCGCAAAAGAAGCCGGUAUCCCCUCAGGCGUAAUGUCCACCCUGCCGGGACUCGGCUCCACCACAGGCGACGCCAUAGCACGUCAUAUGGACAUCGACAAGAUCGCAUUUACAGGCUCAGUCGUCACCGGCCGCAAGAUCAGUGUCGCUGCUGCGGAGAGCAACCUCAAGAAGGUCACACUGGAGCUGGGCGGGAAGAGCCCGAUUAUGGUGUUUGACUCGGCGCACGUGGAGAAGGCGGCGGACUGGACGGCGAUGGGGAUAUGGUUCAAUUCGGGGCAGGAUUGUUGCGCGGGAAGCAGGGUAUAUGUCCAAGAUGGAGUGUAUGAGGAGUUUGCGGCGGCGCUGAAGAAGCGAGCGGAGGCGACAGGGAUCGGCAUGCCAUCAGACGAUAAGACCUCGUUCGGACCGCUCAUCUCGGAGGUACAACGGGACAAGGUCAUGACAUACAUUGAAGGUGGGAAGGAGCAGGGUGCGCGCGUCGUCACGGGUGGAAAGCGCUGGGCAAAAUCUGAUGGUGGGUUCUGGGUGGAACCGACGAUUCUGGCGGACGUGCACGACGAGAUGACCUGUGUCAAAGAAGAGAUUUUCGGCCCAGUCAUCGCUCUGUCCCGUUUUACCUCCGAGUCUGAGGCCCUCGAACGCGCAAACUCAACAACCUACGGUCUCGCCGCAGCCGUCUUCACACGUGACACCCAGCAGGCCAUGCGGAUGUCGGCCGCUCUUGAUGCGGGAACAGUAUGGGUCAAUCAGUACGCCCUUAUACAUCCUGGUGCUCCGUUCGGGGGCUUCAAGCAGAGCGGGGUUGGGCGGGAACUGGGGACGUAUGGGCUCGAAGCGUAUACCCAGGUCAAGGCGGUACAUCAUAAUUUGAGCCAGACCGUGGAGUGGCCACUCUAA